UCCCCUCGUCACAUGAUCCUCCUCGGUAGGUCGGUGAGUCUGGACUGGGGUAUGGAAGACAACAUUACAGCUUAGUUUUAAAAACACAGUCCAUCAACACUGAUGUAUUAAUCUACAUAUUUAAAUUGAAUCUCAAGCAGUGACAUACCGUCGUGAAUGGAUUAUCUCGUCUCGCGAAAGGUCUGUUAUUCUCCCGUGCGGUCGCCUCCGAGGAAAUUUGACCCUCAGCUGCAGGAGGAGCGCUAUCGAGCCGAGCGUUUUUCUCCCCCGUCAUCCGAUCUGACACCAUAUCAAAUGGUUGCAGCCAUCCGCAGAAUACGGACAUAUUUCGACAGGACGCCUAGUUUUUGAUCACAUAAUGGCAGUGUUUGGCUCUCAGGUGCUUCUGGCAGUGACAAGAUCAAGGGGAUCCUACUUGCUUUCUAAAAGACACAGUUGUGCUUCCCUCCCCUUGUCCGCAUGCAUACGCUACCACUCUGAGUUCAUCAGGCGGACUACUCUCACAGACAGGUGUCCCAGACCGCUCUACCCCUGCUACACUUCCAGCUACAUCCACCCUGGUUGUGUAGCUGCUCGUCCACUCCACAGCUCUUGCGCAUUGUUGCAAGAGGUGAAGGACACUAUUGCAGGAUCUGAGCCCACCAAGGGCGACUCUGUCCCAGCUGCUUCUGGCACUCAACCACCGCCAGCAGUGCCAAAGAAGUCCCUGGGCCAGAAAAUCCUGGAUGAACUCAAGCAUUACUACCAUGGGUUCCGCCUUUUGGGAAUCGAUACAAAAAUCGCUGGCAGGAUGGUAUGGGUGUUAUUGCAUGGGCAGCAGCUCACCAGGAGGGAGAGACGGAGGCUGAUGAGAACAUGUGCUGACUUGUUUCGCCUGGUGCCCUUCGUGAUCUUUGUCAUCGUUCCCUUCAUGGAGUUUCUGCUCCCUGUUUUCCUCAAGCUCUUCCCUGAAAUGUUGCCUUCCACCUUUGAAACAGAGUCUAAGAAGGAGGAAAAACAGAAGAAGGGGCUUGCUGCUAAACUGGAGCUGGCCAAGUUCUUGCAGGAGACCAUCGCUGAGAUGGCCAGGAGGAAUAAAGCAGCAGUUGGAGAUGAAACUCAGAAGUUCUCCACUUAUGUGCAACAUGUGAGACACACUGGUGAACAGCCCAGCACUAAAGACAUUGUAAAGUUCUCCAAGCUCUUUGAGGAUGAGCUGACGCUGGAACACCUGGAGCGGCCACAGCUGGUGGCGUUGUGCAAACUGCUGGAGCUGCAGCCCAUCGGCACCAACAACCUGCUGCGUUUUCAACUCAUGAUGCAGCUGCGCACAAUCAAGGCUGACGAUGAGAUGAUCGCCACAGAGGGUGUGGUUGCAAUGACUGCAGCAGAGCUUCAGGCUGCUUGCAGGAGUCGUGGUAUGAGAUCUCUGGGUCUGACCACAGAUCAGCUCCGACAGCAGCUGCAGCAGUGGCUGGACCUGCACCUAAAAGAGAACGUCCCACCUUCACUGUUGCUGCUCUCUCGUGCAAUGUACCUGACAGACCUCACUCCUAAACCCCCAGUCAUCCCACUUGUGCCCAAACUGGAGAAAGCCACUCCUCCUGUGAAGAGUGAAGCUUCAGCCAAUGAGAACCCACUGUCGUCCUCACUGGAGGUGCUGGUGGACUCUGCUCCCGUCAUCAAAGACAGAAAAUCAGAAGAGUUGUUGGAAAAACCAAGAGUUUUGGACAUGCCAUCACCAGAAGCUCAGUUAAUACAUGCUAAAGAGGCAGAGUUGUCACAGAAAUCCAAGAUAAGUGCCAAUGGGAUCUGAGAUGGACCCCUGUUAACACAGAUACCUUGUUUUGUCUGAAAAGAAGAGGGUACAUUUCGGUCUCUUCUUCCACCACUGCUAAUUCUUUCUGAGGAAGCAUCAAAUCUCUGGAUUUCAGAGGCCUUGCUGCCCCAUCUAUUUCACAUUCAGCCAUACAAACACCUCUCAUAUGAAGCCGACAUCACCACCUCCAUUGACAUCCAUCACUUAUUUGGUCCUAAAAGACAAAGGGGAAAAUGGUUUAUGUCAUGCAAGGCUUCGAAUUUGUAAAGACAUCUCAAACAUCACUUCUGCUUGACGUGUUUACAGCUUUCUGAUCCCCUGAAGAUUUGUCUUGUUACUUCAAUUUGACUGAUUCUGUAAAUUAGCAAUGAAAAGAGCAACGGUCCAGCCAAGAAUUGCUAAAGGCACUUGCCAAACUCUUUUUGCAGAACUGCAUUGUGUAAAUUUGUAAAUAAAUUGUAAAAUACCUGCAUAUUAUAUAAGUGGUUCUGCAUUGUACAGUCGGCUGUGCCGUAUGUGUAGGCUAAAGUGCGAAAGAAGAAUUAAGGCAUAUUAUUUUAAUAUGAGGAAUGCGUAAGAUAGCAUUCUCGAUUUAGUUUGGCAUAUGAAAUGUAAAUUUCCAAGUAUGUGGGUAUUUUUUUAUUUGAAAUGUACAAAUUUCCCUUUGGCUAGGGAAUAUUAUGCACACUCCCUCAGGGGAUGCGAUUAGCGGUGUUGCAAUGGCACCAAGUCUGCCUAUGGCAGUCUCUGCAGUUCAGCACAAAUGAACGAAAAAAAAAAAAAAGGUUUCAUCAUAAAGUGUUUAUUUUAUGUGUUCAAGGUAUGCUGUGCACCCCCAUCCCUUCAUCCCCCUUUGAAUUAUUACAAACCAUUGGAGUCGUGAAAUUUACAUUUCACUUAUGACGAAAUAUACAGUGUCAAAAUUCCCCUGAACUCAAAUAAUUAUUUUUGAUUCAUGUACCUUUUGGAUUGUGAUUGCAUUUCUCAUUGCACUGGAUAAACCAAUGGGAUGGGAAUUCAUAAAAUGGCAAUAUUGUAAAGUUUUAUUUUAAAAUGAAUUGAUGAAUCCCACCACUUUAUGCUUUGCCUUCCUUUGACUCAACUGUAAAUAAUUUUUUUUUUUUCUCCCCGAUUUGGAAUGCCCAAUUUCCAAUGCCCAAAGUCCUCGUGGUGGCGUAGUGACACCUCAAUCCGGGUGGCGGAGGACAAAUCUCAGUUGCAUCAAUCCAUGCAUCUUAUCACGUGGCUUGUUGAGCACAUUACCGCGGAGACGUAGUGCGUGUGGAGGCUUCACCCUAUUCUCCGUGGCAUCCACGCAGAACUAGCCACGCUUCCCACCGAGAGCGAGAACCACACUUUAUAGCGACCACGAGGAGGUUACCCCAUGUGACUCUACCCUCCCUAGCAACUGGGCCAAUUUGGUUGCUUAGGAGACCUGGCUGGAGUCACUCAGCACACCCUGGAUUCGAACUCGUGACUCCAGGGGUGGUAGUCAGCGUUAAUACUCGCUGAACUACCCAGGUCCCUGACUCGACUGUAAUUUUUAACCAAAUUUGUUACCUCUUUAAACUACCCUGUCCUACACUCUCGUGGUGCACUAAUGUCAAGUCGAUCAAAUAUGUAAAAUUGAAUUUGAAACUGCCUCUUAUUAGGGUAAAACAGGAUACUGUCUUUUUUGGUGGUACAGUCAUGAAAUAAAGGUGCUCAUUACUGCUUCAACUCAUACCUCCUCUAAAUGUUAAAGUGUUACAAUUCCCCAUUUUUAUGUAGCUCAUAAACAAAUUGAAAAAAAAGUUUUGGUUUCCAAAAUUUGACAGAAUUUAAGAUUUCAAAUUUAUUGUUUUUUAUUAAUUGGUCAUUUUGUUUUAAAAAGAUGAAAAUACUGAUCUGGAUGUGAUCUGAAAUAGCUGAAAACUCAAAAUAUUUAAACUGACCUUGUAUAAAACUCCAUUUAAACCAGCUGAUUACCAGGAAUGCCAUCGAAGUGCUCCAUUCCUCAGAUUAGUUGUGUUCAGUUGCAGGGCUUACAGGGGUCAUAUACUGGUAGAGUACAUGCAGAACAUGAGACUGAUCAUAAGACUCCUUAACCUCUUUAGAGUCUUUGAUGGAACAACCUCACUAGUUUUGAGCUUUGAUCAUUCUGUACAUUGUGAACACUUUUGGGUGGUCGCAAGUAUGGCCCUUUAUUGUGUACAAAGUCUAAAAAUAAAAUGUAAUGACCAUACCCAGUACUUCAGUACUGAGGAACAAAUAAAUAAAUGGCAUAUAACUGUGGGAAAUAA